AUGGAGAGCUUCCUCAGCUCCUCCUCGCGGUCCUUGGGAGAGGAGUCCCUCCAGAUGUGGGACCUCAACAAGCGCCUGGAGGCCUACCUGGCCAGGGUGAAGUUCCUGGAGGAGGAGAACGAGCUGCUGAAAGCAGAGAUCCACGGCCUGAAGGGCGGCUUGGUGGAGACACCCUGGAGGGCCAAGUACGAAGCGGAGGUGGCCACGCUCCGGGCCACCCUGGACCAGGCCUACCAGGAGAAGUGUGUGGUGGAGCUGGCCAGGGACUCCCUCUACGAGGAGGUCCAGCAGGUGACCAGCAGGUGCCAGAGGGAGAGGGCAGCCCAGGAGGAGACCAAGAUGCUCCUGUCCCUCAGCAAGAAGGAGAUGGAGGAGGAGAAGCGGGCCCACAUCUGGCUGAGGGAGAAGGCCACCCAGCUGGAGAAGGAGGUGGAAGAGCUGGUGGAGGCCCACCAAGAGGAGCUGCUGAGGCUGGACCAGGAGAUGACCAGCUUCUCCCACCGCUUGGACGGCUUCCGGGCGGCCCCCGCCUGCUUCCAGCCGGUGGAAGUGGAAGACUACGCCAAGAGGCUCACCAACAUCUGGAAAGGAGCAGUGGAGACCUACAAGGUGGAGGUCUCCCAGCUGGAGGCCUCCCUCUGCGAAGCCAAGGAGAACCUUUGGAAGGCCACCGAGCGCAACCGGCAGAACCAGCUGCAGCUGCAACAGCUGGAGAAGGAGCUGGCCGGCCUGAAGGUCCGGAAGACGACUCUGGAGGAGAGCCUCUCCCAGCAGUGGGCUCAGCACCAGGGGGACGCCGAGAAGCUGCAGAUGGCCCUGGAGGCGCUGGAGGAGGAGAAGCAGUCGCUGCGCGCCCAGAUCUCGCAAGUGCUGGAGGAUCGGCAGCAGCUGGUGCACCUGAAAAUGUCGCUCAGCCUGGAAGUGGCCACCUACAGGUGA